GGGACUGCUUGAAAGAAAAAAAAAAGGCAGACGGCGGAAAGAUUCCCGUCUUCCCAAUUUAAAACAGGAGGAUGGUAACAGUUUCAGAACCUGAGGAACUCAAAACCAAGAUUUUUAGUAUUUACACGGCUGAAAAACAUGGGAAAAGUGACAGAAACGGAAGCUUUCUGAUAUUGAGUUGUUUAAGCAUGAAAUGAGAAAAGGUACUGUGUAUUUUGAGUCUUGCUCUUGAAUUAGUAGAUUGUUACAGCUCUUGGUUGUCUGAGUAACCAGAUCAGCAGGAGGGUUUUACAUUCAGAGAUGAAUUUUCUUUUCGUUUUUUGGAUUUCCUCUGUUCUCAAUGCCGGUUUUGUGCGUUAACAUGUUUAUAUUUUAGUUGGUUGAUUUUGGUUAAUAUUUGAAGUAGCUAUGUGAAAAUUUAUGCGUGUCUUGAAUCUUUUGGAAUGUGGGAUCUUAAUCAAACUCUGAUAUGAAUUGCUUGAAAAAUUAGGUUUCAUUUUUGUGCAUUGGGGGAAUGGGUGUUGAUGAGGGGACUAGCAAGGGUGGAGGUGUGGAGUGUUGUGAGCAAGGAUCACACUCCAAAAGGGGGGCAGUGAAUGACAUUAUACAUGAUUUUGGUGAUGGGAGCUCUGGAGGCGGUGAGGGUUUUCUUGCUUAUAAGAGGUGGAGGCAACUGAGGUCUAAUGCAGGGAGCAAAGUUCAAGAGGAUGGGAGAGCUUCUGUGGCUGCUACUUCUUGUUCAACAAAGCAGUUGAACGGCUGGUGUUGGUACUUCUCUCUUCUUCCCAUGAAAGUGGCAUUAUUUGCUGAUGAGUUUCUGAUCUUUGUUCCCAUUUCCCUACUACAUUUGGUUUCUUGUAGCACACAGGAUUAUUGGACAAGCUUAUACACAAUUAAUCAUGCAAACAUGUCCAUCUUUCAGGGACAGAACCUCGUGAUUCACUGAAUGGUUCAAAUGAUCGUCUACAGAAACAACAGAGAAAUGUUGUAUUAGAGCACCUAUGUCAGUCCCCAAGUGUUGAGAUGCACUUGCAUUUCAUCCAGAAAUCUGUUUUACCAACAUGGUUAUGGCUUGUUCUAUUUCUAUUACCGAACCUAUAUUCAGUAUGUGAGCUCUUGCAGCCAUCAUGACAUUGUUUCCUCGUAGGCAGUGAUUUUUUCUGGUUCUUCUACAGGAAUCCAACACCUGCUGGUUUAAUGACUUUUUGGUGUAGAUGUAGUAUGUCAACAGUCAUGCUAGAUGGACCGAAUGCUAAGACCUGGUGGACAUGUUUAUAUACGGGAUUCAGUAUCAGCUAUGGGCGAACUUCAAGAAUUAGCAGCUGGAAAAUAUUGGUUUCUGAGAAACGUAUGUAAUGAGCUAGUCGGGUAAAAUGCAAGUCAUAUCAUGGAUAUACCUAAAAUCUCAGCAAGAAAGUUGCCCCACUGAUUCCUACUGUUCAAAUGUAAUCCACCUUCAUAUAGCUGUCAGGCACGCUAAGUUGCUAACAGGAAUUCCUUGCAUUUGUCAUUCAAAUGUAAUCUUCCGUUCCCAUCUUGUCCUUAUUGCAACAUGUAUAUUAACAAGCAGAUGCUUGUAGUACAAUUAACUUAAAUUCUUUUG